AUGGUUAUGCAAUACCAAAUUGUGACCAAGCAUGGCUGCAACCCGGGCAACAAGUCCGGGCCCAAAUUUCCAAGCCCGGCCCUCCAGGUCCGGGUAAACUUCUUGUCUAACAAGGAAAGUACUUUUAUGGGGGCUCCUACUUUUUGACGGGACAUAUCUCAAAAAAUCAGAAAAAAUGUGCUGAUCAAGGAUAUAUAAAUCUUAGCUGCCCAUUUUAGGUUUUUAGGGGUGAAAACUCAAUCGGAAGUUGACUUAAAAUCCUAUAUGAACCCCUUUCUGCCUAAUUUUUCACGGGUUUACAAUUUUUAUUUUGGCUUAAAAUGAUGUUUAUUGAGUUUCUAAGACGUAAUAAAUCAGUUUGGCACAAAAAUUUAUUUUUCCGACCUUCAUCUUCAAAAAAAGUUGAUUCAGCCCAAAAGGGAAAUCGAACCCGUGCGGCGUCCCCCCUAUUGAUUCCCAGACUACGGCACUAGCCACUCGGCCACACCGCUCUCUUCCGAAGGAAGAGACCGACUGCGCUUUUUAUCGUUUCGAAUGCAUGCGCCUUUUGUAGGGAAAUUGAGCCAGUUUUUGGGCAUUUUCACCCCUAAAAGCCCAAAAUGGGCAGCCAAGAUUUAUAUAUCCUUGAUCAGCACAUUUUUUCUGAUUUUUUGAGGUAUGUCCCGUCAAAAAGUAGGAGCCCCCAUAAAAGUACUUUCCUUGUAAUAUGUAGAGUUUGAAAAUUUUCAUUCUGUAAAAAAACGUCCUAUCCGGAUGUUUGCGAAUGCCAGGAACUCUUGGAAUUCUAUUAUUUUUCUUCUUCUGGAGGAAGACCAGACAUUUUUUUGUUUUCUGAAAGGACCACAACAACUAUUAGUUCUUCCGGAAUGUCGCCGGACUAUAAUAACACGCACUGUGCGAUUUCUUGCUUUUGCACCGUGCAAUAGUUAUGUUUGGGCUGUCGCUCGCAACCUGAUUUUUUCACAGUGCGAGCGACAAAAAUCAGUCCGGCGACUUCCCGGAAAAACUAGUACAUACAUUAAGAAUUUCGUUUUUACGGCUUGGAAGAAGAAAGGUCACAGAAUUUGUUGUUCCACGCCUUGAAAACAAAGUAGAAAUGAUUUUAUGACUUUUGAAACCGUACUUUACAAUAUGUUUUAUCUCUACGAUGAGAGACUGCAAUAAUUUUGUGACAUAAAAAAAGUCAAAUCCGUAAAAUCGAGAUUCAAAUGUAGCUAUUUUGGUCGUAGUCUUGCAAUAUUCUCGAGUGAUUAUUUCUAAAAUUUCUGACUAUUUCCGAAAAAGCGGGGCUAAAAGUUUCGUAUAUGGUCCAAAAAACUUACUAACUUUGUGAAAUUAAAAAUGAUUUUACAGUCCAAACUUUCGCAAAAUUCUCAUCAUCAAAUUUCCAAUCAUCUCUGAUCUCUGAUUGCCUUUCUCAAAUUUUAUUACGACACAUUACGCAAUAAAAAUAAAUAUUUUCGAACAGUACCCUUUGCAAAAGCUUUUGUAAGUGGGCUGACAAAACUUAAUGGACAUUAAAGGCCAUAAAAGCCGUUUUUUACUAAAUUUUUGUCCAGCAAUGUGAUCGGUUAUCAGUAAGGGGCUUGUGACUCCGCUGACGUCAUGCACUGUCAAUCAUAACCGGGAAAUUUUUGGGAAAGGAGAGGUUUGGAACUUCCGCUUGAUUAGCCCCUUUUUUCUUUGUACGAUUUUGUUUUGUAAAGAAGGAGUGGUGAGCUACUGUAGAACAGAUGAUAAAGCUAAUAAAAUAGAUUUUGACUUUUUUCAAAAUACGAUAGAAAAGAUUUUUUUGUUAUAAUAUAAUACUUUGGGAUAAGUUUUCGGUUAAUUUUUGAAUGGGUAAAUUUAGGAAGUGAUGAGAUUUUCGUGAAAUUCGGCAUAAAUUUAGGCUAUGAUCUUCGGAGUCAAGUCUAAAAGCUUCGUAUUUAACUUUGCGGAAACUGGCAAGAAUUUUUUGGUCAGAAGUUGUCGAAAUUCAAUUUUUCGGUAAUUUUAAAAUCAUUUUUUUUUGCAAGCUCCGGUCAAAUUUAGCCGACAAAUUCUCAAUAAGGAAUUGCAACAACAUUUGACUUCUUCUUCUCUGGGUUUCUGAUAAAUUCCAAGGUCAAAUAUCUAAUCAUCAAGUGUAAAACGCAUACACUUCUAACGAUUAAAAACUGAUGGGUCCUGAUAAAACUUUCUGUUUUUGGAACUUGUGUCAUACGAAUUUUGGGCAGUGUAAGGUGGAAAGCGACGGUGCCUACUGCGAAUUUAUAUUAUUCAAGAAAACAAGUUAUGUUUUUGCAGCCUUUGCCUCAAAAUCUAAGCCGUUUCCGAUCAGAAAAUCGUGAUCUGCUCAAGAAAAUUGGAGUUGAAAUAUGCUCCAGUUUCCGUCAAAACGUAUUUCCAACUCCCUUGUUAAUAACCGCGUGUUAUUUGCAUCUCCGAUCACCUGGUUUCCUUUGAUAGUUUUGUUGACAACCUCGAUCCACAGCGUCUGUCAUAACGAGCUCGUUUUCCCUCGUUUGAUCCCCUUAUUUUCCCCAAAGUUUCAUGCUUCAAUUUUCGAAAUCGCCCUUCAUUUGUCCCCGCUUUAUUACACCUGCUUAUGCCCCUUUUCACAUUCAAUUUUGUAUUCUUUUUGGAAAUAUCUGUUUACAAUUUAAUCUUGCUGAAUAGCAUGAUAUAUGUGUACAAAAGAAGGUUUAAAAACAAAAAAAAAUUUCGAAAAAUAGGGGGGGAAAACAAAGAUUAAGAACGGGAGAAAAAAGUAUUUUUAUCUUUUUUUCGGGAAAAACAAAGGGCGAACCCUCCGGGGAAAGAGAGUCGCCCAUCUCGCUGAGAGAUAGUACUGAUUUUAUAACCAUUCGUAUAAAUUUAGAACGGGGGUGACUAAUACGAAUUAAAUCUGUUUAGGGAUCUGGGGAAGGCAACAUUCUGGGAACAAGGGUGAGUCAAGUUACGGGUGGGGAUACUUUUCCGAGGACGACUAUAAAAUUAAAAGUAAGUUUGCAAAUAUCCCAUAGUUUGUUGAUUUAUAAGGUCAAACCACUAACGAAAUUGCUUUCGGGUUAUACGACCAAUAGAGCCAAAAAAUGUAGUCAUCGUUUCUUUAUCCUCUCAAAUUCUUUAUUACUGUACUUCUCGAUACUCUACGUUCCUCGUUCAAGACGCAAAAAAACAGUCUUUUGUUUGUCUUAAAUUGAGAUAUUGAACGCUUUUUUGUAGGCGAUUCACUUGGGCAAAUCCGGAGUAAUGGUCAAAGCGGAACUCGUUUUUCAACGCGCUGAACCUCUCCCAUAUAUCUUGGAAAUUUAUGUUCUCAGUUUGAGAAUGUAG